AUGCAUCUUUGGCUGUCCAGACCCUCACACAUUGAGCAAGUAGAGUUGUCUUUUAAAGGUCACACAAUUUUUUGUUAUCCUGAUUUAUUUUAUUUAAAGGGACACCCCAGGCACCCAGACCACUUCUGCCCAUUGGAGUGGUCUGGGUGCCAACUCCCACUACCCUUAACCCUGCAACUGUAAUUUUUGCAGUUUUUUAUAAACUGCAAUAAUUACAUUGCAGGGUUAACUCCUCUAGUGGCUACUAGCCACUAGAGGGCACUUCCUGGUCCAUAGCACAGAAAACCUGUGCUAGAGCAUCGCUGGACAUCCUCACGCUGUGUGAGGACCUCCAUUGUCGCUCAAUUCCCCAUAGGAAAGCAUUGAAAAGCAUUUUCAAUACUUUCCUAUGGAGAGCUCUAAUGCGCGUGCGCAUUAGGUCUCCUCAGCCGGCGGUCGGAUUAAUCAGUCUCGCCCACCGGCUGACGUAAGGCUGACUGGGCGUCCGCGGGGGGGGGCAAGAGGGGGCACUUGCCCCCCCCUGGAUUUUUCAGCUUGUGCUGCUAUUUUUGGUUUGUGUGAGAAUACACUGCAAUACCGGCGCCGGCCAGUAGGUGGCACUGUGAAUGUUAAAAGGCAGGAAGCUACAGCUUAUCCCUGCCACUCGCUCAUGACUGAAACCGCAGGGGAGCAGCACAGAGGCUGCCUACAGAUCAGGUAAGGGAGGGAUGGGGGGCACUAUUACCCCCUCACCAAGCUCAGCAUUACACCCCCUCACCAUCACCACCCUCACUAUUACCCCCCUCAACACCCGCAUUUCCCCCCUCACUAUUACCACCCUCAGCAUUACCCCCCCACUAUUACCCCCCCUUAGCACAUUACCCCUCACCACCCUCAGCGUACCCCCCCUCACCACCCUCAGCAUUACCCCCUCAGCAUACCCCCUAACCACCUCAGUAUUACCUCCCUCAACACCCCUCAGCAUUACUCCCCUCACUAUUACUCCCCCUCACCAUCCUCAGCAUUACCCCUUACUAUGUACCUUCCACCUCAUCAUUACCACAUUACCCCCUCACUACAUACCAAUUCUUAGUAUUGUCCUCAAGCAUCUAUUACCACCCCUCAGCAUUACCCCCUCACUAUUACCACCUCAGCAUUACCCCUCACCACCCUCAGUAUUACUCCCCCUACUAUUACCAAUUCUCACCACCUCAGUAUUACUCCCCUCACUAUUACUCCCCCCUCACCACCCUCAGCAUUACCCCUACCUCAGUAUCACUCUAAUUGUCACUCCCCCACUAUCACCCCUCUCACUAUCACACACCACCCCUUCAGCAUUACCUCCUCACCAUUACUCCCCCUUCCUCAGGAUCACCACUCACUAUCACUCUGACCACCUCAGUAUUACCUCCCUCCAUCAGUAUUACCUUCCCUCACUAUCACUCUCCUCAAAUACCUCCUCACCACCUACAGCAUUACCCCCAUCACCCCCUCUCUCAGCAGCAUUACCCCCUCCGUCACCAUCACCCCCUCCCUCAGCAUUACGCCCUCUCACCAUCACCCACCUCUUCAAGCAGCUACCCCAUACACAUAUGGUACCAGACAAAAAUGCAAACAUGCUCUCAGAGACAUACAUACAUACACACACACACACACACGGAUACUCUCUGUCAGACACACUCUCAGGCACCUACACAGGUAAACUGUGCAUCAAUGUGUAUAUGUGACAGUGUGCAUGUAUUGCAACUCUAUUUUUUUCACUUUUUUGUUAGUGGGGCCACAUGUUUGAGUUUCGCCUAAGGCCUCAAAGUCUAGAGCCGCCUCUGCAGAAGGAGCCUCAGAAGAAAAAGAAGACUGUGUCAAAUGAAGGAGAUUGGAGCACUCCAUUCUGGACACCACAUCAUAAGGCUUUGGUACCUGGGCCUGACAGGGAAACUUUGGACCUUCUCAUCUCCCCAAGUAAAAACAAAAUAUCAGUGUUAAUGUGUUCACUUAAAUUUACUGAGUGUCAGGAAACACAGAGGGCCGCUGGGUAGGGGUGCCCCUGAUUGGCUAGAGGGUCAGCUGCCACUCUAAGCCAAUCAGUAGCUCCCCAUUCAUGAAAAACAUUUUUAUGAAUCAGGAACUAGCGAUUGGCUUAGAGCGUCAGCUGACCACUCUAGUCAAUCAGCGGCACCCAUGCCUGACGUUAAUCUGCACUUCCUGACACUCCGUUUAAGAAGCUGAAUACCACUGAGCGAACAGAAGAUCUGGAGCAGGAGGAAGCCUUUGGGGGCAAACCAUUUGAGAGUGGUUUCACCCCUUAAAGGAAAGAGAGCGCCAAGGGGCCUCCUUGCAUCAUAGCAUUUUCAUUUAAAGUUGUUAUGGUGACCAGAAUGUUCCUUUAAUUUGAUUAAAGGAACACUAUAGUGUCAGGAAUACAAACAUAUAUUCCCUGACACCAUAGUUGUAAAAAAGCUAUUCACCCUGGCUUUAUGUGAAAAUGACUAUGCCCCUUCCCUUUCAUGACACUGUCAAAAAGGGGCCAAGCAUGGAUGUCAUUACAAUUAUGCCCCCCCCCCCGGAAAAAUUCCUGCGGACGCCCAUGAGACUAACCUCUACCUCACAUACCUGUCUUUUGCUCUCUCCUAAAGGGCAGCCCACCUUAUUUGACUGCAAAUUCCUGUCCUAAUGUGUUUUACACCCCACCUCCUAUAGAAUGUAAGCUCGAUUGAGCAGGGUCCUCUUCAACCUAUUGUUCCCGUAAAUUUUUUGUAAUUGUCCUAUUUAUAGUUAAAUCCCCCUCUCAUAAUAUUGUAAAGUGCUACGGAAUCUGUUGGCGCUAUAUAAAUGGCAAUAAUAUUAAUAAUAAAAAGAAUAGGAGCGGCGGCGACCCGAAACCACCGCCGAGGGACAUCGGCAGGGGUCUCAGGUAAGUGACUGAAGGGUUUUCACCCCUUCAGCAACCGGGGAUGGGGGGUGGGAGGGAGAGGGGACCUGCAUUGCCAGGAAAACUAAUUGUUUUUCUGGCACUAGAGUGUCCCUUUAGCAAUCACUGAGUGCCUCUGCUUUACUUUCAGCCUUAGGCUAUGCUUCACUAGAGCUUAUGUGAUUUAAUUUGUAUUGCUAUUUUCUCAGGUUUCCUGUUUAAUUAUUUAUUUAUUUAUUUAUAAAAUAUUUUAACAGGAAGGAUACAUUGAGAUUUCUCUCGUUUUCAAGUAUGUCCUGGGUUAAUGUGUUAAUAAAUAAUCUUGAGUGCUUUCGCAAUUUAAGGAAUGUCUUCAGUAUCUUUCACACUUUCACUUUUUAUCUCAUCUCGCCAGAACUCUAACAUGCAAGGUAUAUUUCCCAUUAUAUCACCAGGGCUGCCAACUGUCCUGCUUUUGGUAGGAUAGUCCCGAUUUCAGGGUCUUGCCAGGUGUCCCGCAUUUGGAGAUACUAGGGAAAUGUCAGAAGGCAGCACAGUUAUUAAAUUAGCUUGUGCUGUGCAGUGGGCACUUGGACCACUUAAACCUUUUUCUGUAUGGUCUUGUAGGUUGAUAGCCUGUCUUACAGCCUAAUCAGUGUCGCAUAUCAUGGGUGUUGCCAUUGGUAAAAAUAGAAUCAUGGAUGAUGCCCCCUUGAAGACCAGCCCACCGCUCCCAAUUUCAUACCUCCAAAUGUUGGGAGGUAUUCAUUACCCUAUAAAUCUCAUUUCCUUAUUUACAACCCACCUUUAAAAGAAAAAUUGGUCUUUGUAUGUAGUAAAAUCCAUAAAAAAAGUUAUUUUCUUGUACGUUUACCGAACUUUUCUAUCUUGCUUGACCUUAUUGCUAUUAUAUGAAUAACUUGUUAUCUGCCCUUGUAAUUAUUUGUUGCAUACACAGUUUUAUAUUGGUCAGUUUAAGUUGAUAAUUUUCUUUAUUGAUCAUUAAUUGUCUGUUUCCCUUGAACUCUGAGCACUCGUUGCCUAUUGAAUAAUGUACUAGUAAGAGUUUCUUAUUGUAUAUUUCAGGAAUUCGCUGCACUAACCAAGGAACUGAGUGCGUGUAGGGAACAGCUUCUAGAAAAGGAAGAAGAGAUCUCAGAACUGAAAGCAGAAAGGAACAAUACCCGUGUAAGUAUAUUAUUUUCAUUGAACUUGUACAGUAUUUCAAACACUGUCACAUAUCUGCUGGUUUUAUGGUCUGGUUUAAGUACAUAACUCAGUUUGCCCCCCAUGCUUCCAGAAUGUCAUGGGGUAAUUGUGUCAAAACAUAAUUAUUAGUUAAUGACUAAUCUAUAAAUGUUUGCUUGUUCCUAUGAUGGAACUACAAUGAAGACUCCCGACUCCCUUAUAUCUGUAUUAUCGAAUUAGGUCUCUCAUGCAUUACACAAUACAUAUUAAUCUGCUAAAAGUGAACUGUUGGCAAAAAAUUAUAUUUUUAUAAACUUCACAUGCCAUGUCAAUUUAUGGCUCUAGAAACAAGCUAGUGUCUCCUAAGUUUUUUGUGCACUUAUCGUCACUGUGUUCCCUUUCUGAUCUGUCAUGAGGGCAUUCACUAGAAUGUCUCUUCUCCGAGAACAAAGCAUGUAGAUCUCCAAAUAAACAGUGUAUCCAGAGCCAGUUCCAAAAACGGCAUUAAUUUUUUAAAAUAUCAUGUGAUACACACUGAAUGCAUUUGAAUGCAUUUGUUGCUAUAGCAGCUGAAAAAGCGGUUUGCUUUUAUAAGUGUAAAUCUAUUAAAGAAUAAAUUGUCCGGGAUGUAAAAUCCUCUCUGUUUCACAGGCUACGGUACUCCUUUUUGUGAGACUUUAAUUCUGCUUUCUGAUACAAACGUGUGCAUUUAGUAUUUAUUACAUUUGUAACCUUCUUUGUCUAAGCUGUUUCACAUGGUAUAAGUCAUGAGAGAUAUUCUAGAAUGUGUUUACUUCCCUUGCAACAGCUAAUAUCAAUUACCUCUAUAAUCAGCUAUUGUUUGUGCUAACUGCAAAUCACGUAUCUACGUGGGUAGAGCUGAUGUUGACUGGUGGUGGUUCCCCUUUUUGCUAUUUUUAUUUUUGCUACAAAAUUAAGCGUUCAGAUGAGUCUGCAUACUAUUUCACGAUGUUUGUACUUUAUGUAACGUGUUUUUUAAAGGUUGGUUUAAAAAAAAAAAGUGUGUUUAACAUAUUGUCCAUCUGCAGACGUGUAGUACUGUAUGUAGUCUGAAACACAAUGCCUGUGCAUACAUGUCAAGCUGGGAUUUUUUGUCUUUCUACGCCCAAGAAGAAUCCUAUCCUAGUCCAACUUGAGAUAUGCAGGUGAUGCAUAACAGUAUACAAUAUCCAAUAUAUAUAUAUAUACAUACAUACACAAAAAGUUACACAUAUAUAUAUAUAACCAAGGAAGUAAUGGUGGGGAAAAAGUGUGAUUGAAAAACCCUUCCGCCUGAAGUCAGUGGAUAGUCAAUACAAUGUUAAACAAAGAUCUGCACACCAGUCAAACCAUAAGAAUUCAUAUUCUCACAGAAAUCACAAAUUUGCAGUGAUGUUACUACUACAAAGGAUUCUGGGUGGGCAUAUGCAGAUUAUGUACAUAAAGAAACUAAAAAGCCUAAGGUGUGGAUUAAUCUAAUAGGUAAAAGUGCUAUAUCAUAACAAAUACCUAUAAAACUGGCACCGAUGUCACGCUGUUGAAACAAGUCUCAUGUCUCUCACCUUUCUCUUGGCAAUGCCCCAUAGUUUCCAUAUGGGGUUCAUGUCAGGCGAGUUUGCUGGCCAAUCAAGCACAGUAAUCCCACGGUCAUUGAACCAGGCUUUGGUGCUUUUGGCAGUGUGGAAGGGUGCCAAGUCCUGCUGGAAAAUGAAGUCAGCAUCCCCAUAAAGCUUGUCUGCGGAAGGAAGCAUGAAGUGCUCCAAAAUCUCCUGGUAGACGGCUGUGUUAACCCUGGACUUAAUGAAGCACAGUGGCUCCACAAAUCAAUACAGACUGUGGAAACUUCACACUGGACUUCAACAUCUUGCAGUGUGUCCCUCUCCAUUCUUCCUCCAGACUCUGGGUCCUUGGUUUCCAAAUGAGAUGCAGAAGUUGCUCUCGUCAGAAAAGAGGACUUUGGACCACUGAGCAAUAGACCAGGUCUGUUUUUCUUUAGCCCAGGUAAGAGGCUUCUGACGUUGUUUGUUGUUCAGGAGCUGACAAGAGGAGUACGACAUCUGAAGCCCAUGUCCAGGAUCCGUCUGUGUGUGGUGGCUCUUGAUGAACUGACUCUAGCCUCAGUCCACUCCUUGUGAAAGUCUCCAACACUUUUAAAUGGCCUUUUCCUGACAAUCCUCUCCAAGAUGCGGUCAUCCCUGCUGCUUGUGCACCUUUUUCUUCCACACUUUUCCCUUCCACAUAACUUUCUAUUAAUGUGGUUUGCAAGAGCAGUUUGGGAACAUCCAACUUCCUUCACAAUUACCUUUUGAGGCUUUUCCUCCUUAUGGAGGGUGUCAAUGAUGGUUUUCUGCACAACUGUCAGGUCAGCAGUUUCCCCCAUGAUUGUGAUUCCUACUGAACCAGACUGAGAGACCAUUUAAAGGCUCAGAAACCCUUUGCAGGUGUUAUGGCUUACUUAGCUGAUUAGAGUGGGACACUGUGAGCCUAGAAUAUUGCACCUUUUCACAAUAUUCUAAUUUACUGAGAUUGUGGAUUUGGAGUUUUCAUGAGCUGUAAGCCCUAAUCAUUGCACUUAUGACAAAUCACGGCUUGAACUAUCUUGCUUUGCAUGUAAUGCAUCUAUCUCAUAUAUUAGUUUCCCCUUUUACGUUGCAUUACUGAAAUAAAUGAACUUUUGCACGACAUUCUAAUUUUUCAAGUAUCACCUGUAUGUGUAUAUAUAUAUAUAUAUAUAUAUAUAUAUAUAUAUAUAUAUAUAUAUAUAUGUAUAUGUGUGUGUGUUUUUCUUAGUUAUAAAAAAGUUUUAAAAGGGCAAUCUGAGCACCAUUACAUCUUCACUGGAUUAAAUUUAUGUUGUGAGGAGAUCACUGGAUGCCGACUUAAAUCAAUUGGUUAAACCAUUAAACAGUUUAUCCCCAAAGUGUAUAAUUUGGCAACCAUCAGCUCUGACCCUUCACUUAAUUUUCAGUCUAAAGCUUCAAUCAGGAAGCCUUUGACUUAGCACCGCUGAUAGGCUGAGAACAUCAGCUGACGUUCUCAGUUUUUCAGUAGAUCCAUAUUCACAAAAUGAAGUGACAAAGGUACGGACCUCCUUGCACCAUAAAAACAUAAUUCUGAAAAAAUUGUUAUGGUGUGGUCUUUUAUUGUUAAGCACUCAGCUCAGGAGUUUGCUCAUAGUAAGUCUGCUGAAUGUGAAUUAUACAGCAUUUGCUGCGAUUAAUAUCUGAGAUACUGUAGCUAGGUUUGUUAUGUCCCCUUUCUUAUCUACAUCUUGUGUCUUUGAUUAUAAAAAGUAAAGGUUAACAGACCUGGGCAUACAUUUUCAGAAGAAUUCGGGAUUAUUCUAACUUUCAGUGACCGAAUAAUCAAAAUUUUAUUAAAGACAGGAGGCGAAUAUUUGCUUAUCUUUCUUUACUGUAACUCCCAGCAGCAAAGAAACAGUUAACAAUCAGUGUAAAAAAGUUUAACCAAUCAGCAUGCAUCACAGUAAUAUAAACUGCCAUCAGGCUCCUCCCAAUUCCUCUUUCUUGAUGUAGCCGAACAGUCGUAGAGUCAACCAUGUAAAUGUAGAACCAUUAGAACGAUGAAUAGGUAACGGUGUAAGUAUCCGAUGGGAUGAAAACAGUGCUCAACCCGAAGGGGAGACUUGAGACAGAGAUGACGAGUGAUCUUCACACUAGGAGAAAAGAGAAACAGCGUGAAAGUAUGGUCUCUUUGGCAAGAGAAAAUCAAAUUAAAAUGCAAUGAAACUAACGUCCAAUUUAAGUGCAAGCUUUACCAUAUAAUAAUUAACCGUCUGGUUAUAAAUGAACUUUUGCACGACAUUCUAAUUUUUCAAGUAUCACCUGUGUGUAUAUAUAUAUGUGUGUGUGUUUUUCUUAGUUAUAAAAAAGUUUUAAAAGGGCAAUCUGAGCACCAUUACAUCUUCACUGGAUUAAAUUUACGUCUGGUGUCUAGGGCAAGUGAAAACCAAAUUAAAAUGCAAUGAAACUAACGUCCAGUUUGAAUGCAAGCUUAACAUAUAAUAAUAAACUAACGAGUAAAGGCUAGAAAAAGUUGAGAGAAUGCUAGCCACCUAGUUAGAGAUGGAGGUACUAAGUUUAGAUACUUACCUAUUAGGGUGGGUAAGGAUAUUCCAGGGUGGGAAAAUAUUCGCCUCCUGUCUUUAAUAAAAUUUAGAUUAUUUGGUCACUAAAAGUUAGACUAAUCACGAAUUUUAUGGCAAGACAGGAGGCUUCAUGUUUGCUAUUUUAACGCGUAGCUAGCAUGGACAAAGAAACGUGUGGAGAAUGUCUAAAAUAAAAGGUACGGAAAGUGGAUUCCCUAGACCAAUCAGCGGAGGAUAAAAUCUCCGCCAGGGAACCUCCAGCUAUGAAUACAGAGUGAGCCCUGAAAGACGCAUCAAUGCCAGCCAGGGCUUGUAGCCAUUUAAUCCAUCGAGCAAUGGUAGGGCACGAGACUGGUUUGUGUGGUCACACAUAGGACACCAGGAGGGGCCCAGUAGGUGCCCUAAGAGGGGUAGUGCGAGAUAUAUAGUGUUUUAUGCAACGGGCUACACAGAGGAAGGGGUUUCUCCGAAAAAUAGGGGUAGCUCACUGUAGAUGAAUUGGUCUUGGCGUGUGUAGUGAUGUGAAAGCGCACCCCUUCCGGUGUGAAAUCGAGGGCAUGAAAGUCGAAAGCCCUGAUGUCGGAGACUCUUCGGAAGGAGACCAAGCAGGGAGAGCGCCUCGUUGACCGGCCAAGCUUCUAAGAACGUGAGCAUGAUGACCCGGAGGUCUAGAGAUGCGGAUGCACCGCAAGAGUCUACACACAGAAGGGUGUUUUCCUACUGAAGAACUUUCAAUAGGAACAUGCGCUGCAGAAAUAGCAGAUCGAAACACGUUAAUAGUCCGUUAGGAUUUACCCUGGUCGAACAGAGACGCCAUGCAAACACCAGCAACUCCAGAGACGCCAUGCAGAGAUGUAAGAGCGUCUGGUUCCUCAGGUCCAUGAAUCCCAAAGGAGUCCCUGAGCAGUUGUCGAAAGGUCUGAGACAUUCCAAGAUCCCCUGAAACGGUCCAAGCCACUAGUCAGAGAUGAUCCUGAAUUGCCAACGGGUGAAAGUUGCCUGCCGGGUCCCUGAGGAGGUCGCAGGAGGUGGGUAGAAGCAGGGAAAAGUCCACUGACAGUUCUCCCUCGCAGAGUAUGUCUCUCAAUAAAUGGGUUCCCUCCAUUUUGAAGUGACGGUAUGUGAUGAACCUUUUCAGAUCUCUCAGAUUGAUAACAGGUCGUAGGUCUCCUGAUCUUUUCUUGACUAGAAACAUGUUGCUUAUGAAGACCUGUAGGCCAACAACUCUUUCGAUCGCACCCUUGGUGAAUAGAUUGUUGAGUUCGCUCCGUAGAGUCUAACAAUGACAUCUUGAUCGGGAUAGGAGGAGAUUUUUGUAUCGGUUCGUCUGAAAAGUCCAGGUGGAACCCGGACACAGUCUGAAGGAUCCAAGGAUCCCGAGUGAGUUGAGACCACUGUUGGAAAAAAAGGGUUAAAAAGCCUGUAAUAGGAAUAUGAGAAUAAGGAAGGUCCAUUACCUGUAGCAGUGCGACCGCGGAAGGAAGCGGAUCCACGUCCUUGGAUAGCUCCGCAAGAGGGGAAAAAUUGCCUGUGGUGGAAUCGGGUAUUGCCCGAGUUCCAGGUGUCUGAAGGUCGAGGCCUGUAGCCCGUGAAGGCGGCUCUGCCAGUCGCUCGGCCUCUGUAGCGACCAGCUGUCCCGGAAAAACGUUGUGUGCGAAACACCUUGCGAAUGGAGGAUUGUACUUUUGUCAGCAUAGUAAAUACAGAGACGUGUUUACUUAGUUCUUUUAUGAACUUGUCACCGAAUAACAUGCCUUGAGCCUCUGGACCAAGUUCUUUAAUGCCCAAUUCGGCAAGCUUGGCAUCGAUUUUAUAAAGGACGGCCUUCCGCCGUUCUAUCGAGAUCGCCACAUUGGCAUUGCCUAAAAGGCAUAAAGCCCUUUGUGCCCACUCUCGCACUAUAUGUGCGUCAAACGUGCCACCUGAUAAAGCCUCGUCUGCUAUAAUGAAAAUUUGUAUAAGCGGGCCCGCCACAUCCAUCAACUUAUCUUGAGUGGCUUUCAGACCCUGUUCUAGACCCUUACGGGGGUCUUUCCCUGACUUGGUCAGAAAGGUAACAAGGAAGGGGUCGAAUUCAGGUGUACUGGCCACCUUGUCCGGGAUAAUGGGACGUGGGCAUUCUGCCCUCAAUUUGUCUCUCACCUCUUUUUCUAAAGGCCGAUGGAGCCACAUUCUACAGUAUUUGGCAGUGUGGUCCAGGGGUGUCCAUUCAGCAGAUCUAGGGUGCCUGAUGCAUCUGGGGUCAAAUAAAGGGUGGCCAGAGGUGUCAAAUAAGGUAUCAUCUUUUAAGUUAGGGUUUUCAGAUGUUAGGUCAGAUUCCAAAUGGAAUUCCUCUUGAGGUAUGAGGGAGGACUCAUUAUUUGCAAAAUCAGAAGGGUAAAGGUCUUGGGAUGUCUUAUGAGGUGGAGCAUCAUUAUCAGAAUGUUCUGCGUAGUAUUCAUCUACCACCUGAAGAUUAUAAUUAGAGGUUGAUUAUAAUCAAAAUCAUGUUGGGAGACAACCUCCCUAGGUUUAGAAUAGGAAACUCUAGGGUGUUUGGCAGGCGCUUUGCCUUUACCGGCGGUAGCGCUAUCGCCCUUCCAAGGGCGUUUGCGAGGAGCUUCGUCACGUUCUGAACCAUGAGAAUCCUCAGAGUCUGACAGCUGGGUAAUGGUCGCCGUAGGGGCUGAGACUGUCUGCUCGCGGAAAGCCGCUAGAGAUUUGGGUAUGGAUUCGUUAAUGGCAUUGAAUAGCCAAGCCUUAAGUUCAGAAGAGACUGCUGGAUCUGGCAAAUCAGACAUAAUGUCAGUAACAGUGGGGUCACCACUAUAGUAUUUCAUUUAUUUAUAUUUUUAUUUAUAAUAUUUUUAUUUUUUUAUUUUUAUUUUAUAUUAAGUUUUUUUAGUUUUUUUUUGUUAUAUGCAGACAAACUAUUUACAAUGAGGCGGUGGACUUAGACAGUAUGUAAAAUGCAGGAAACAAUUAUCCUGUAAAAAAGUGGGGUUUAUCCACAGCUUAUCAGUGGGGUUCACCCAGAGAGAAAAGGACAAUAUAAUGUCCAAAAUCAAUAACAGGUAUGUACCUGUGUAAUUAUAUAGGGGGUUACGCUGUAUAGAGGCAAAAAGGGGGUCACCCUUAGAAAAGAGGCUAGAGGGAGUCACCCUCAGAAUAUAGGCCAAAGGGGAUCACCCUCAAAAUCAAGCAAGGGUUUUUUGAAACACUUUGUUGUGUAAUUGGGAAUCUGUAAACAGAAAAACUGAUAUUUUGAGUAUGGGAGUGUAUACCUUUAAGGAAACUAACAGACUGGGGCUUUAAGAAGAAAAAGUAUACUUACUGGGUCGUGUUUGCAGUGAAGAGACGAAACGAAACCGCCGCACAGAAACCUUCCACAAGAUGGCGCUGAGUCAAAAAGCCCGGGAAAAAGGUAAGAGAAAUGGACGUGGCAUAGGCGGAAGGGCGGGACGUGUCUCUAUGGAGACGCCAGGGAAACACAAACUGUGUAUAGAGAACUGAGCGGCUGAAUGCACCGGCGAGAUGCCGGGAGCUGCGGCGAAACUGUCAGCGCUCUAAAUUUAAACUGACAGAGCACAAUAUAAUUAGUGAAAGAAAUAUGAAGGAAUCUGAAGUUGUGGGCUGACUAGAAUGUCAGCCCACUUAACAGUUGUUAAUAAAAGGAGCAAAAAUUGCACAUAAAUAAAAUUAAAGAAACAGAAAAUAUAUGUAAUAUAGUCAAAUGAUAUUAAAAUGAUAAUAGUCAGCUAAAUUGAGUAUUAAUAGGGAUAUAAUUAGAAUAGACUCACCUAGGAGGCUAAGCAGCAAAGAAAGAGUUGGGAGGAGCCUGAUGGCAGUUUAUAUUACUGUGAUGCAUGCUGAUUGGUUAAACUUUUUUACACUGAUUGUUAACUGUUUCUUUGCUGCUGGGAGUUACAGUAAAGAAAGAUAAGCAAAUAUGAAGCCUCCUGUCUUGCCAUUAAAUUCCAAAUGUCCGAGUGGCAAAUCAUAAGAAUGGAGUAAUGAACCACUGACCAAAAUUCUUCCAUGCAAGAUUUGUUCAUCAGGUCAAAAGUGUAAAUUUAUUUAAGUCAUAUAUAUAUAUAGUUAUGUAAUAGUUUUAGAUAUCAUUACUUAACAACAAUCAACCAUUUCUACGCAGGUCUUCAAAUUAGGCAAAUACAACCUCAAAUUAACAACAGCACAUAAUAUUUGGGGUGUGGGAGGAUCGGGGGUGUAGUGAGAGGGGGUAGGGGCUGUAUUGUUGGGCAAUUUAAAAAGUGCUUUUGUGUGGGGGAUAGGAGCAGUAUUGUAUGGGAUAGGGGCUUAAGUGGGGGGGGGGGGGUUGGUGCCGUAUUGUGGGGAAUUGAUUCCUUACUGUGGGGGGCAGGGGCCAUAUUUUCGGAUAUUAAUUCCUUAGUGUGAGGAAUAGCAGUAUAGUCUGCGAAUAGGGGCAGUAUUCUGGAGGGGAGAGGUAAUUUGGGGUGGGAGAUAGCAACUAUAUUGUGCAGGAUUGGAGCUUUAGUGGGGGACAGAGAAAGUAUUGUGGAGGGUAGGGGCUUUAGGGUGGGGAAGAUAGGGACAGUAUUAUAGGGAAUUAGGGCUUUAGUGGGAGGGUUGAGGACAGUAUUGUGGGCACAUACAGACAUAGUGAAACACACUCAAAAACACUAACAAACACUCAAACAACCACAGACACAAUCUCACACACUCACAGACUUUCUCACACACACUAGUAAAAACAUGUUUUGUAUUAGAGUGAGGUUUGUUUUAUUUGCCCACCCAGUCUACUUACCUUUAGGAGAACUGGAAUGGAUACACAGCUUGUGUCCAGUGUGGGCAGUCACUGCGCUCCUCUGAGGGAGCUCAGAUCUAUAUCAGCAUUGCUUGCAUAGCUCCCUUGCAUGCCGUGCAGUGGUUCCUGGGCCGGAGUGAUAUCACAUUCCAGCUCCUGGCAACUCUACAGGGUGCACGAGGGAGGAUUUGAGCUUUCACGCUGCCAAUUCACUUCCCUCCUCCCCAGGCACGCUCACUCUCGGGCAGUAUAUUUCCUGUAGCAGCUUGGCAUCAAGAAAGAGGAUACAUAGUGCUGCACUAGGGAAAGGCUGAGGAGUAUGUGACCUAGCACAGUAGCACAGGAUUCGGUGGGCCUGGACUGACUCUCAUUUGGGGGGGCAUGACCUACUCUGCCCCACCCUCCCUGCAGCUCCUCUGCCUUGGGGGUACCCUAAAUUGGCCAGCCAACCACCUCCUGGUCCCCUGUGAUGGGCACGCUCCUCAUGGCAACGCCACCUUCUGGCCCCUGGGCGCGGUGCACCCCUUGCACCCAGCCAGGAUCGGCCCUGCUUGGGAUCAUUGUUCUGUUGUAUGACCCAAUUUUGGCCAAGGUUUAGCUGUCGGACAGAUGGCCUCACAUUUGACUCUAGAAUACUUUGGCAUUUAAAGGAGUUUAUGGUCGACUCAAUGACUGCAAGGUUCCCAGGUCCUGUGGCUGCAAAACAAUACUAAAUCAUCACCUCUCCACCACUGUGCCUGAUAGUUGGUGUGACACUCAGGGGAGUAUUUUGAUAUACCAAUCCCCAGAGUGAAUGUAGUUCUCCAAUCCCCCAAACAUGAGCCAAGACUUCAUGAAGGGGUAAACGAAUCUCAAUUAUAUGGGAGCCACACUUGGCCUUUUAUGACAAUCCCCAUGCAAGGGGUACGCCCAUAUGGACCUUGUUGGGGACUCCAACACAAAGACACAUACCAAUAAGAACAGUGAUUAAAUGCCUGACACUCCCAUAACAAACAUACAGGCCCCUCCAAAAGCCAGUGGCGAAGUUCAGUUGGUCACAGUUGGUAUGAGGUGUUUCUGCUGAUAUGCUGCAUUUGGUUUUGGUUUUGCUGUGAAUUAUGGCCAAACAUCUCCACUUGGUCUUGUCUGUAUAAAGGCUAUGAAGAAAGGUUAACAAAUUUAAACCUUUUUAGUUUAGAAAAACGUCACCUGAGAGGGGAUAUGAUAACUUUAUACAAAUAUAUUCGGGGCCAAUACAAACCAUUGUGUGGAAAUCUAUUCACAAACCGGACUUUACAUAGGACACGAGGCCAUGCGUUUAGACUGGAAGAAAGAAGAUUUCGCCUAAGGCAAAGGAAAGGUUUUUUUACUGUAAGAACAAUCAGGAUGUGGAAUUCUCUGCCUGAAGAAGUGGUUUUAUCAGAGUCCAUACAGAUGUUCAAAUGGCUACUAGAUGCAUACUUGCAAAAACAGAAUAUUCAAGGAUAUAAUCUUUCAAUGUAGGGUAAUAACUGCUUGAUCCAAGGAUAAAUCUGACUGCCAUUCUGGGGUCAAGAAGGAAUUUUUUUCCUAGCUUGUUGCAAAAUUGUGCUUCAAACUGUUUUUUUUUGCCUUCUUUUGGAUCAACAGCAAAAAACAAAUGUGAGGUAGGCUGAACUUGAUGGACGCAAGUCUCGUUUCAGCUAUGUAACUAUGUAAUGUGGUUUGUUCAGUUGCAACUUUGCAAAUCUAAGCCGUGCUGCCAUGUUCUUUUUAGAGAGAAGAGGCUUACUCCUGCCAACCCUUCCAAACUAUGUACAAAUCCAAUUAGAGGGGUAGGCACACUAAAUGGGUUAAACCAAAAUAUAUCUGCAAAAGCAAAUAGGGUGCUCACUCAAUGGUCCUAUUCCAAACAAACCAUAUAUUUUAGUCUUUUUCUAAUUAUACUGUACUGAACUUUGAUAUUUGACAUACAAACUAAGGAAUGUAGAGUCUGAGAUGUAACAAAUUUCUCUGAGCAUUGCACUGUCUGACCUUUGCUGAGAUGACCAGUCCUGGGAAGAUUGGCAAGUGUCGUAAUUGUUUUUCACUUUUGAGUUUUCUUUCUCAAUAUAGAAUGAUGGACUUAAAUUGUUUGGAAAUUACCUUAUAAACCUUCUGAGUUUUCUGAGAAGUAACAAUUGCUUCUCUAAGAUCAUUGCUGAUGUCUUCCCUCCUUGGCAUUGUGUUAACACACACCUGAAUGCUCCAGGCCAGCAAAGUUCGAAGCAUUAUAUGAAGCAUUAAGGGUGUUCUUAGUAGGGAUGCGCAUGAGCAAAAAACACUUCAGAAAUUCGGGACUUCGGCAAUUCUGCACUUCGGUUCGGCACUUCCGAAAUUCGAGAAUAUGGCAAUUCGGCACUUUGACACUUCCGUUCGGUUCAGCACUUCCAAUUUCGCAACAAACUAGGAAAAAAAUUCCCUCUUGACCCCAGAAUGGCAGUCGGAUUUAUCCUUGGAUCAAGAAGCUAUUACCCUACAGUUAAAAAAUUAUAUAAUUGAAUAUUAUCUUUUUGCAAGUAUGCAUUUGGUUGCUGUUUAAACAUCUGUACGGGCUCUGAUAAAACCACUUCUUCAGGCAGAGAAUUCCACAUCCUUAUUGUUCUUUCAAACAUAUUUCUCCAUUUUUAUAUUUGUUAAAUAAAUCAUGACACGGUGUAAUAUGUCAUGUGUUGUUGUUCUGAGGCUGUAUUUACCUUAUUUAACCCCUUAACGCUGUUAGGGCGUACUAUGCCGCCCCACAUUUAGUGAGCCUAAACGCCACAGUACGCCCUAACGAUCAUGGCCUCCCCGGUCCGGGGGGACUACAUAUCAAGCCAGGCCAUCCAGGGCCUUGUGAUCGCGACAGACGUUCAAAUAAUAUAUUAUACAUGUAUUAUACAUUUAUAAUAUAUUUUAAGUUAUUUAAAACACCUGAUUAGCACAUUAAACAUAUAUAAUUUAAUUCUUACUGUAUUUUGGUAUUAAUAUUUAUAUUAAUCCCAAAAUACAUUUAGAAUUAACUUAUAUAUUUUUAUACAUAUAUAUGCAUAAUCAGAUGUUUUGAUUAACUUACAAUAUAUUAUACAUAUAUUAAAACAUACAUAAAAUAAAAAAAUGCAAUGUCAUAAGCAUAUUUUGAUAUUAUAUAGGGGUUCACAUACUUUUUCUUGCAACUGUAGAAAAAGUCUUAGAUCUUUGAGUUCAGUUCAUGAAAAAUGGGGGCAAAAACAAGUGUUGCGUUUAUAAUUUUUUUCCAGUAUGUAUGUAUGUGUGUGUAUGUAUAUGUAUGUAUGUAUAUAAUAUGAAAAAAAGACCUUGCACUCCUACUUACAUAGCUUCAACCCGGUGCUCGAUUGCAUUGAAAUGUAUACAAGAAAAAAUCAUCACUCCCAGGAUUCUUCACAUGAACUCCUUUACUUGAACAGUGUCAAACAAUCAACGUUUCAGUUCCGAAUUGGAACUUUCAUCAUUUGUCCUGAUGAAAGUUCCUAGUCGGAACUGAAACGUUUAUUGUUUGACACUGUGUGUUUUGUCCUGAUGAAAGUUCCUAGUCGGAACUGAAACAUUGAUUGUUUGACAUUGUUCAAGUAAAGGAGUUGAUGUGAAGAAUCCUGGGAGUACUGACUUUUUUCUUAUUGUGUGUGUAUGUGUAGUAUAUGUGGGGUACUGUUGUACUCAUGAGAAUUCGCUGAACACAAAUAUGAGUGUUUGAAAACACAAACUUGAUUUUGUGUGAAAAAUGCAAAAAAAAACAAAUAUGAAAACUAACUUUGCCUAGCGUUUGUGACUAAGUGGCUACUAAAAAAGACUGGACAUACCCCGUUUUGAAUAUCCUUGGUUGUCUACUUUUGUGAAUGAUAUGCCAUGAUGGGGGUAAUUGUCAUUCCUGGGCUGCCAUAUGGUCUCAAAGGCAACAUAGGCCACCUAACCAACCUGGCAAACUGAAAUGAGAAAGCCCUAUAUUUGUCCCUGUGACCUUCCAAAACCCCAUACAACCUGUACAUGGGGGGCACUGUUUUACUUGUGAUACAUUGCUGAACAACAUAUGAGUGUUAUAGAGCAGUAAAACUUAAAAUGACAAUGAUAUCAUCAGUGAAAGGGCAUUUUAUUUGUGAAAAAUGCAAAAAACAACUAUGAAUGCUAAUGUUGGCCAGGGAUUGUGACUAAGUGGCUACUAGAAAAGACUGGAUAUAUCCCUUUUUGAAUACCCUGGGUUGUCUACUUUGGCAAAUGGUAUGCCACGAUGGGGGUAAAUCUCAAUCCUGGGCUGCCAUACAGUCUCAAAGGCAGCAUAACCAAUCUGGCAAAUUUGAAUGUGGAAAAAAAUUAAAUAGGCAAGCCCUAUAUUUGACCCUGUAACUUUCCAAAGCUCCAUAAAACCUGUACUUGCAGGGUACUGUUUUACUCAUGAGACAAUGCUGAACACAAAUUUGAGCCAGUUACAGCAGUAAUAUGUAUAAUGAUGAUGAUAUAAUCAAUGAAAGUGCAGUCUUGUGUGAAAAAUACAAAAAACGAAUAUGAACGCUAAGUUUGGCCAGGGACCAAGUGGCUACUACAAAAGACUGGACAUACAACCUUUUUGAAUACCCUGAGUUGUCUACUUUUACAAAUGGUAUGCCAUGCUGGGGUUAAUUUUCAUUCCUGGACUGCCAUACAGUCCAAAAGGCAGCAAAGGCCCAGCAAACCAAUCUGGCUAAUUUUAAUGUCUAAAAAUGAAAAAGAAAGGGCUAAUAUCACAGUUUACCAUGGAAUGUUAGCACAUCACCAUUACUAGAAUUUUAAACAAAAUGUUAUUUGUUUUGCUUUUUAAAAAUUAUUCUUUCAUGAUUCAUAAACUUCCAUCUGCUUUUUUCAAAGUUCAGAGCUUGUUGUAGAUGUGCAUAGACAGACAAAUUGUUUCUUUGAAGAAUAUAUUUAUUCAUAAUAGCCAAGUAUUUUUAUUUUUUAUAUGUCAUGUCUUAUACUUGUUAGCAUAUUUGUGUCACCAGCAGCUUCUAAGUGCUCUCACAGAGAGGAAAUAUUAAUUGUGUUAUUCUUAUUUUGACCUUUUCUUGAGUGUAACAUUAUGUAUUUAUGUUAAAUUCAACAGCUUUUGUUGGAGCAUUUGGAGUGCCUUGUUUCAAGACACGAAAGGUCACUUAGAAUGACAGUGGUAAAGCGCCAAGCCCAGUCACCCUCCGGAGUCUCCAGUGAAGUAGAAGUUCUAAAGGCUCUUAAGUCUCUUUUUGAGCAUCACAAAGCUCUAGAUGAAAAGGUAUGUAAUUGUACUUCACAUUUGUUGGUUUUCUGUGAUUGAGAUGGGUCCAAAAAGUUUCUAAUGACAAUCAGGGCCACCUUCAGGGGAUAACAACCAUGACUGUUGUCACGGGCCCGACGAUCCUGUGGGCAGUCCUGGGCCCCACUUUCCCUAUGUGCCCAUAUAUGUAGUGAUUAUCGUUAAAUAUAUGUGCAGCUGCCGGCCCCCGGCUACCUGUUACUGCAGAGGGGGCCAAGGACACUGCGUCUGCACUUAGAGUUAAUGGGAGAGAGGAGCUGAACAUGCAGACAAAGUGUCCUGGGCCCCCUCUGCAGUAACAGGUAUCCCAGGGCCCCACCAUGCCACUGGACCACCAGGGAAUGGAAUCUCGCCCCUCCUUGGACCAGGUAAGAAGCAGGGAGGGGGGGAAUACAAUUUACUAAAAUUAAUGUGAAAAAAUGCUCCUUUUUGCACCCACAGACUGCAGGCCCUUGUUUGCACAUUUACACAAACUGCAUACACUAGUACAACACACACAUUGCAAUCACUACACUGACACACACUUUGCAUACACUAAUACAACACAAACUCUGCAUACACUACACUGUACCUAUACACAUUGCAUUCAUUACACACAUUCUAAUUCUACAUCCACUAUACACACACCACAUUCAGUCCUGCAUCCUUGUGGGCAGGUUCAGAAAGAGCCAUGUGGGCAGACUCAGGGGAGGGCUCCGGGGGCUCAGACCUUGACCUCUGUAACCGCUACUGUUUUAUUCAGUUGACUUUACAAUAAGUAAAGGUAAAAACUAUGAUUAAACCUAUAAACAUAUUGUGUUUUGAACAGACUGUGGUUUACAUGCUCUUUACAGGCCUUAAUUGUAGCAACUUACCUACCUUUACCAUGCUCAGUCCUACCCCAAACAUGUAAUUACCCUGUUAAAUAUAGGGGAAGCCGUCCCCAUUUUUGAAAAACACAUAUCUCAUUUGCUGAUUCUGUCCACUUUUGUGGACACGAUCGGCCAAGAAGAUAGUCCUCUGUUUGUGUGUGGAGUUAAGUCCAAAGAGGGGAACACACAUGUACUGUGAAUAAAACUAAAUAAAGUGCAACUAGGCAGGGGUGGUGUCUCCCCAGUAAUAUUCCAAUAGAAACAUGUCUGUGCACCCCAAGUAGUUUCAAGCAACCAGACUUUACUAGCAGUUAAAGCAACAUUUCGGCUCCAAAAUCUAAAAGCAUUGCUUCAAAAAGGUACGUUUUCGGAGUAAAAAUGUUGCUUUAAUCACAAAAAAACUCUGCUCACUUGAAACUACUUGGUGUGCAUAGGCAUUUUGCUAUUGGUCCUUCUCCAACAAAAAGAAGUGGAGGAAGUGGAAACCUCAAUCUCCGUUCCUGACAAAGAGUCUACAAAAUUCCUUGGGUUGGCUGAGGACUCGAACUAUGUAAAUCUAUCACCAACUGCCGGUUGCAGACCUUGUGUUCUGACUCUCGAGGUCUGGGCAGUUCAGAGCAAGGUUUCCAUUUGUUCAACAAAACAGUUGCUUGAAGUAUAUGCAAUACAAGAAAUAAAAGGAAAAAUGUAAGGUAUGGCAGAGAAGGAAAACUAGGACAGUAGGGAAAAACCCAAGUUGGAAGAAGAUCCAUGAGUUGUCAGUCCACCCCAUAUAUAUAAUGUGUGUGUGUGUGUGUGUUCAAUAACAGAUAAUGCCACAUAUAUAUAAAAGGUGAUCCAUGGAUAUUGGUGAUACAGCACAAACUAAUAUUCUCUCACAAAGGACCUGACUAGAGUUUGGAGAUUUGUUCCCAUCUGAGAAGAUUUGGU